UCGCCCUUGAUUCCAUCUUGAUAUCUUGGGGUUGACGAGAUACGGCACAUCACCAUGCGCCGAACAGCGAUUGUCACCGGAUCUGCAAACGGGAUUGGAAAGGCCAUAGCAACCCGCCUAGUCCGAGAUGGCUACUCCGUCUGCAUCAACGACAUCCCCAACAAAGCAGCGGACAUCGAAGCCGCCGUCACCGAACUCAACACCGCCUUUCCAUCCGACGGCCGCCCCAAAGCAAUCGCCGUCCCAGCCGACGUGACCUCCGGUUCCUCCGUUGAAGCUAUGAUCCACGAGACAGUUGAAAAACUCGGUCCCCUGACGUUGAUGGUCGCCAACGCGGGCAUCGCCCAGACAAAGCCCCUGUUCUCCGCCACCGAGGAGGACGUUGAUAAGGUCUUCUCGGUUAAUGUCAAGGGCGUGUUCAACUGCUAUACCCGCGCCGCGCAACAGAUGAUUGCACAGGGUGACCCGGAAACCGCCGCUGGAGUGCGCGUGUACAAGAUCCUUGGUGCAGCGUCCAUUGGCGGGUUCAGAGCUUCCGCUCCUCUGGGGAUGUAUUGUGCCAGUAAGUUCGCGGUCAGGGGAUUAACGCAGGCCUUUGCGCAGGAAUGUGCGCCGCAUAAAAUCACGGUCAAUGCGUAUGCGCCGGGAAUGAUCAACACUUCAAUGUUGGACGGAAUCGAUGAAAGCUUGACCGAUAUGCAUGGACAGAAGAAGGGGGAUAUGAAGCGCAACUAUUCAGAGCAGGUGGUUGCGCUGGGACGCGCUGGGACGCCGGAGGAUGUAGCUGGAGUGGUUGGGGGUUAUUUGGCCAGUCCUGAUUCGGAUUAUACUACGGGGCAAACCAGUGUGGUGGACGGAGGUGUGUUUUUUACAUAGCUGCCUUUGUGUCCCUAUCAUUAGUACUUGUGUUAUUUUCUAUCCGUGCAGUAGCCAAGC